UCACACACGGAUACGAUUAACAAGCUAAUUAGGCUAGAAACAGCGGAGCUCGUCUUCAGUGUGGCGUCAGACAGUUAGCCUGCUAAAGGGAGCAGCUAACAACUUUUCAUUCAUUACAUCCCGUGCACUUUUCUUUGUUGCUAGCCAACCUCCCUAACAUUAGCCGGGGCAGCAGUGGAGUGCCGUUACUCGUUGUUUGAGCUUUUAUCGUCUAUUUCCAGCGUAUUUUAGAAGCAUUUUAGCUCAUGCAUCCUCUCAGUGUUACUUUCAGUACUUGUGUGUGGGAGUACAAGGUUAGCUAGCCGACUUCCCCAAACGGGUUGAUCAGUUGUGUUGCUACGCAGUAACACACAACAGCACAGAGAGGGUAGCACCAGCACCAGUUACGCUUAAUGAUGCCUCGCGAAUCCCGUUUCUAGCAACACUCUCGCUAUCGUAGGACGAGGGGAGCCACACAGCCGAGAAGUGAAGUGAAGCCCCCUUUUUAGCAUUUUGACGCCUUCUACAGGUGUAAGAGCAGCUCACCCGCUGCCUGCAAGCGUUAAACCAAGCUAAUCUUGUUCUGUCACUUUCCAUUCAUGAGACGCUGAUGAUGGUGGCAAUAGUGAUAAAUGUGUAAGGAGAUAGCCACAGUGAUCCCUUUGCUGCUCUGCACACUUCCUCAUGGAUUCCAGUAAUGACGAGGCACUUGAUAUCAUUAUUACCAAUGUGGUGGCAACCUUCAGGACGAGAUGCCACCUCAACCUGCGCACCAUUGCCUUAGAAGGAACCAAUGUCAUCUACAAACCGGAAGUAGGGAAAGUCUUGAUGAAGCUUCGAAAGCCCACAAUAACAGCCUCAAUCUGGUCCUCAGGGAAAAUUAUCUGCACUGGAGCAACGAGCGAGGAUGAGGCAAAGCUAGGUGCUCGCAGGUUAGCGCGCUGUCUUCAGAAACUAGGCUUUAAGGUGCGAUUUUCAGCUUUCAAAGUUGUGAAUGUGCUGGCAGUAUGCUCCAUGCCUUUUGCUAUCCACCUCAUAGACUUCACUAAGAACAACCGACCCAUUGCCAGUUAUGAACCAGAACUCCAUCCUGCUGCCACGUAUAGGAUCAAGAACCUCAAGGCUACAAUCCAGGUGUUUUCUACUGGCAGCCUUACAGUCACAGGACCAAAUGUGCAGAAUGUAGCCACAGCUGUGGAGCAGGUUUACCCGCUACUGUUUGAGGUUCGGAAACCCAUCUGCAAAUGAAGCAGAAUUGUUUUCAAGAGGAUGAAAGAGCUUAAGGAAGGAAAAGGCAAGACUGAAGAGGAGACACUUUAUCUUUGGAUUUAUUAGCUUGACUCUAAUUGCUACACAAGUUCAUCUAACAGGGCAGAUACCGCCUAGAUCAUGGAAUUUUCAGAAGUCUCAACAAGUCCAGCUGGAUUCAUACAGAUUCAGCAUUGUUGUGGAUUUGGUGGUUCUCGUGAUUUAACAGCCUAAAUAUGCAGAUGUCUUCCCGACUUCAGAAAAGCCCUGCUCUCAUUUGUGAUUUGCUCUGGGUAUUUUGGCAUGAGUACAGCAAGUGAACAAUGUAACCAUUUUAGUGUAUAAGAGGUUGCUAAGAGUAACUUUGUUAACACUGAGAAGCCUCACCUUUAACCCUAUAUUUAGCAAAUCGUCCAAUUUGCCACUUUAUCUGGGGGAAUGUUUGUCCAUGGUUUGUCUCUAGAUGUGUUAACACAAGUAUAAGACGUCAACUGAAUUGCACAUAUUUUAAUCUAAAGAAAAAACCCUAGACUCAGUUUCAAACCAGUGGACUGUUUUGCAUGUAAGUAAGAGCAGGUUAUUAAGUGGUUAUACAUGAAUAUCUGCUCACAAUAUCCAUUCAUCUCUGAUUUUAACUGAUAGUUUAGUUAGUCAGUUCAUUAUACAGUUUUUAGUGUCUGAAUGAGAAUGUGCACAUGUUACAUUUCUAAAACAUUUCCUAGUAACAGUUUUUACUUGAGAGUAUUUGUUUCAGUAAUGUAGAGGGGUGGGAUCAGUGUUGUAAAUGUUGAGAGUCGUGAAAACCUUUUAAAUGGUUUAGAAUAUUUUAUUUCUUUCAAUUGAUGGUGUUAAGCCAAGUUACCCUUCACUUCAUACAGCUACAGUACGAGUCCCUCACUAAACAGGGCAGUAGUAGUUCUGAAGCAAUGCAAGACCCAAAUUAUUAAACUGAGGUAUGAAACGCUAUAACCAGACUUUCCAGAAUACUGAUAGAAAAUGGAAUUGCCACAGGACGCAGUAACACAAACUCAGAGGCAAACCGUUGCAAUGAUUAAAGGAACAACAGUGUGUUUUGCCAGGUAAGCACAAUCCUAGUUUUAACCUAAUCGUUGACCUUUAUCUGUAAAGGUAACGUAUGUAUAUAAUAAAUGUAUCUGGUGGGACAGAUGUUGGCAUGCUGUUUAUAUGUAUGUAGGGCGGACUUUGAACUAGUGUCAAGUGGACAUUUGUGACACUUGAUCAGUAUUUUGUAUAAAAAUAAAAGUUGAAGAUAAAACAGUA